GGGGAACCUCUGUUACAGACAUCAAAUAUUUGCCACAUUUCAAUGCCAACCCAUUCUUAAUCAACAUUGAUAUGCAUUUUCAUGAGGAUGCUACCUCGAUUUUGACAAAUGAAUGAAACACAUCAAUCACUGGAUUUGCUUUGUGGCAUGCAUGCAUGCAUGCAUGCCAAUAUACCAGAGGCCAGCUUGAACUCUUCAAGCUUCCCCUGCCCUACCUAUCUCACUCAAAUACUGCUGCGGUGCCUCUCAAUUACCAAUGAAAGAAACCCCACCAAGACUUGAGGGGCCAGCACGGCAUCAGGGGGCAAGCAUUACUGCUCAACACACAUUGAAGUUCACUGGCGAAGUUUGCAGACUGUCACGUAACAACCAUGAUCUAUGCCACAAACAAUUGGAGUGUAGCAUGUGCGUAUUCCCACAACCUUGACAUUUGUCACUAUCAACCACAACUUAUUCCUUGCAGCAGCCUCACGGCUUACUUACCCUCCAACUCAGUGUCUCU